AUGGAGCCCAGCGGCCCGGGCACGGGGGCCGGCGUGGAAGGCGCGGCGGGCGACCCGUACCAGCGACCGGCGCGGCGCACGCAGUGGCUGCUGAGCGCCCCGGCGCGCCACCACGGGCUGGACCGAGGCGUGGAGAACGAGACCGUGGUGCUGGCCGCGGGCCUGGACCAGUACCUGCAGGAGCUCUUCCACCACCUGGGCUGCCGUGGCGCCGGCCGCCUGCCCCGCGCCGACUUCCGCGCGCUCUGCGCGGUGCUGGGGCUGCGCGCCGAGGAGGCUGCCGCCACCUGGGAGGCCGCCGGGGACACAGCCGCGGGAGACGCGAACUCCGGGGAUGUGAUCGCCGGGGUGGCCACCGAGGGGGACGCGGAUGCGGAGGAGGAGGCGCGCCUGGCACUGCGCGCCGAGCCGCCCGAGCUCACCUUCCGCCAGUUCCACGCGCGCCUCUGCGGCUACUUCGGCACCCGCGCCGGGCCCCGUCUGCCCCGCGGCGCCCUCAGCGAGCACAUCGAGACGCAGAUCCGCCUGCGCCGUCCGCGCCGCCGCCGCCGCCGAGCGCCCCGUACGCCCGGCCCCGACGGCGGCCCGGACAGCGAACGCCUGGCGCGCCUGGCGGAAGAAAACAGCGGCCUGCGCGAGCUGGUGGAGGACCUGCGGGCCGCGCUGCAGAGCAGUGACGCGCGCUGCCUCGCACUGCAGGUCGGCCUCUGGAAGAGCCAGGCGGGCGCCCAGGAGGCGGCGCACGGCGGGCCCGAGGCGGCGGCGGCGGCGGCGGCGCGGGAGCUGCGGCAGGCGCGGGGCGCGCUGGCGGCAGCCGAGGCCCGCGCGGGGCGCCUGCGCCGGGGCCAGGCCGAGGUGCGGCGGCGCGCGGAGGAGGCCCGGCAGGCAGUGCUGCGCAGCCUGGCGCGCGUGCGCGAGCUCGAGGCGCUGGCGCGGCAGGUGCCCGGCCUGCGGCGCUGGGUGCGGCGGCUGGAGGGCGAGCUGCGGCGCUACAGGGAGCAGAAGGGCCACAGAAGCUCGCAAGGGCCACCAAGUGCCACCCGCCCUCCAUUUCUUUUUAAGAACAUAUCAAAAAGAGCCCUGGGGAGGAUUCUGCUGAGCACACUGGAUGCUUGCAGGGACCCUGCACAUGAGGGGACGUCUGGCCCCUCAGCCACGCUGGAUGCCCUGCACCGAGCUUUGGCUGGCUGUGAGCUCCUGCGUAGAGAGCCCUCGGCACCAGCCUCUGCAGCCCCAGCACUCAGCAACUCCCUCCUCAUCUCCUGCUGA